GCGAUCCUUCUCCAUAAUUCUGUUCGCUUGUUCGUACCCGUGUACCAAGUGCUGGUAGCGGAGUUGUUUGUGUAAUUCGUUUUCACAUAGUCCCGUCGUAUAUCGCAGCUGCUUGUACUGUUGAAAGUCCGCUGCUCCUGCCCCUAAUACCUAGCGGCCCACGAACGGUGCCAACGCCUGCCCCCAAGAACAACUCAUGCCGCCACGAUAGCACGGCGUGAAGCCUCUCCGCCAUACCUGAAAAGCAAUACCGCGGCAUUUGUAUUGCUCCUGGACACUGUACAGCACCGGAGACGCUCGCCAAAGACCGUGCUGGCUGCCAUGGCAGAUCAACACAUUGCGCUCGUCGACGCGACCGACAACGAACACAGCCCAGAGCCCACCCAGCAAUCCGCCGAACAGUCACGGAAACCGCCACAGACACCAGAUAUGCACAUCGACGUGCUUUACGAGAACCAGCGCGGCUGGUUCGUCUUCGGCAUCCCGCUGUUCUCCUCGAAAGCGCUAUGGAACCUCCGAAUUGACCAGUCGCCUUGGGUCGAUGCUAAGUUCAAGCCCUCGGCCGUCAACAUCACAAACGCACAAGUUCCAGAUCCAAGCUGGGUAUGGGAAUGGAAGAGCUGGUAUGUUGACAUGAGCCACGACGUGGACGAAGAAGGCUGGCAGUAUAGUCUGUGGUUCCGAGGGGCUGCCUGGCACGGAAACCAUCCGUGGUUCCACAGCUUCGUACGGAGGCGCCGAUGGCUUCGAAAACGUGUGAAACAGAGACUUCCACCAAAGUCGAAGGUGAAUGAAAGAUUGUUUGGAGACACAUUCAGCAUUGGCACUACACUUGCGAGAGCAAUGACAAGCACAACGGCACCUAUGAGUCCAUUGGAGAGUGGGGAAUCCUCACUAGACGAGGAGGUCAAGGACGUUCCUACACUUCUGCGGAAGUUGAAGAACGCAGCGAUCGAUCGGGAGAAGAUCGUGUUCAUCAACAGAUUCAUCGAAGACGGCGGCGAAGAGCUACAUUAUCUGGCUGAGCAGAUACCAACGAUAAUGUCUCUCCUCAUAUUCCAAAACUCUCGCCGCCAGCUCCUGUCCACCCUCAUGGAAACUAUCGACGAUGCACGCACGCACCGAGGCACGCAUAAGGAGAGCGGCAAGGCCGAGAAUGGAGCGGAAGAGCGAAGAAUUAACAACCUGCUCAAGGCAGUGGAGGCUGCGGAUGCAGAGUGUAAGAAGCUGGAGUACUGGAGCGAUAUCAAGAUCUUGGUUGAAGAAGGGAAUGCAGGUAACGCUACCGAUGCGAACAGCGGCUGGGACGAGAAGUGGCAGGGUCUCGAUUCCAGCGGGGCAGAGCAUCCACGGCAGCCGCCGAAGAAGGAGUGAAUGUCCCAGCUGA